UCUGGUGGCCGCCCACCCGCCACCCGCCAUGGCGUCUCAGCUCCGGCUCCGCUCCGCGCUGGCCCUGGUCACAGGUGCAGGUAGUGGCAUCGGCCGCGCGGUCUGUGAGCGCCUGGCCCGCGAGGGGGCCAGUGUGGCCGCCUGCGACUUGGACGCGGCCGCGGCACGGGAGACGGUGCGGCUGCUAGGCGGCCCCGAGAGUGAGGAAGGGGCACCCGGCGGGAAGCACGCUGUCUUCCAGGCUGACGUGUCAGAGGCCAGGGCCGUGGGGCGCCUGCUGGAGCAAGUGCAGGCCCGCUUUUCUCGCCCGCCAUCUGUCGUGGUGUCCUGCGCCGGCAUCACCAGGGAUGAGUUUCUGCUCCACAUGUCUGAGGAGGACUGGGACAGAGUCGUGGCUGUCAACCUCAAGGGCAUCUUCCUGGUCACUCAGGCUGCCGCCCAAGCCCUGGUGGCCAGUGGUCGUCACGGCUCCAUCAUCAACAUCAGUAGCAUCAUUGGAAAGGUGGGGAACUUGGGGCAGACAAACUAUGCUGCAUCCAAGGCCGGAGUGAUUGGGCUGACCCAGACAGUAGCCAAAGAGCUUGGACGACACGGGAUCCGCUGUAACUCUGUCCUCCCAGGGUUCAUUACAACACCCAUGACACAGAAAGUGCCGCAGAAAGUGAUAGACAAGGUGACCGGAAUGAUCCCGAUGGGACACAUGGGGAGCCCCGAGGAUGUGGCCAAUGCGGUCGCGUUCCUGGCAUCGGAAGACAGUGGAUACAUCACAGGGGCCUCAGUGGAAGUCACUGGAGGUCUUUUCAUGUAGCUGCCUCAAGGACCCUGGGCUCUGCUGGCGCCCCCACCACUCCGCCCGGCCUCCUGCUGAUGAGGACUCCAGUUCCCAGGCUACAAAAGGGGUGGCAGUGUCUGGCUCAGGAAUGCUGAAUAUGGGAGGCAGGGGUGCUUGUGACCCUAAUAAAUUCCAAAUCCUCUUCCCUGCCA